AUGGCAGAGCUGGAUUAUGAACUGCCUCGUUUUAUAAGAGUGUACAAAGAUGGUACCGUGGAACGAUUAAUGGGCACGGACACGGUUCCUGCUGGCAUUGAUCCCGAAACCGGUGUCGAAUCCAAAGACGUGCUCGUCACACCAGAGAGCGGAGUAUCUGCUAGGCUUUAUCUACCGAAAAUCAGAGACCCGGCCAAAAAACUUCCGCUUGUGAUUUAUUUCCACGGGGGAGGAUUUUAUUGUUUUACACCGUUUUCCACUUUUUACCAGCCAUUUCUUAAUUCUUUUGUCGCGGAAAGCAACAUUAUUUUGAUAUCGAUCGAUUAUAGAAGGCCACCGGAACAUCCGGUCCCGGUGGCCUACGAUGAUUCUUGGAAUGCUAUCCGAUGGGUGGCUUCUCAUUGCAAUGGCACUGGCCCGGAGGCAUGGCUCAGCGAGUAUGCCGAUUUUGGACGUGUACAUAUAUCGGGAGAUAGUGCGGGUGCAAAUAUCGCGCAUUGCAUGGCUAUGCGGGCCGGGUCGGAGAAAGUUAAUGGGCUGGACUUUGAUGGGCUGAUUCUCAUGCAUCCGUAUUUUUGGGGCAAGGAUCCAGUGGGUGGAGAAACGGAUGAUACCGAAAAAAGGGCCUAUAUUGAGAAGUUUUGGGUAUUAGCAUGCCCAACAAGUAGUGGAGCGGAUGACCCGUGGAUGAACCCGGGUUUGGAUCCGAAAUUGUCGAGCUUGGUGUGCAAAAGGGCUUUGGUUUUUGGUACAGAAGAUGAUUUUCUGAAAUAUAGAGCCAAGUAUUAUGGUGAGGUGUUGGGUAAAAGUGGAUGGGCUGGAAAGGUGGAGGUGGUGGAGACUGAAGGUGAAGCCCAUGUGUUUCAUUUGUACAAGCCCAAGAUUAAGAAGAGCAUGGAAUUGGUCCAUAAAGUAAUGUCUUUUAUAUACGAAGAGAAUGCCAAUCCUAUUUAA